CUUUGUUACACACACCGUAACCGAGAGGAUUCUAACUCCUUUAAACAUCCUCUUAUUUCAAACCAACUCCUAAACUUUUAAAAAUACAAAUCUCACACUCCUUCCUUCGUCAUCCUCCUUCUCAUUCAAACCAAACCCAUUUUCAAUUUCAAUCAAUCACUCACAUUCCCAACAAAACCUCAAAAUCAACAAUCCGCCAUGAUCGAAGAAGCUGCACGAGGUCCUCCCCACGGCAUCUUACUAGCAGUAGUAGUUAUUUUAGUUGUAUCAGCCCCCGUCUUAAUCGGAGAUUGGGACGCCAUUACUGAGUCAAUCUCCGAAUUACUCAGUCCAGUUGGUUUACUUCUUCUCCCAAUCAUUCUCCUCCUAACAAUCCAAUUCCUAUCCUCUGAUCGUGGUAAUUUCUUCUCCUCUAUCUUUACUGCUACUGGAGAACCUGAUUCUAUUCACCGUGCUAGUGGUUCCCCUGUUGGUGUCGCACUUGUGCUUCUCCUUGUACUUGUUCUUGUUUAUUAUCGGAUGUCUCUUUUCGGAGGCGACGAUGAUUCCGAUGAUUAAACGAACCGAUCUGGGUUUUUUUGCUAUUUUUGGAAAUUGUAGUUAGAUCUGUGUAAUGUGUAAUACUAUUGAGUAUUGAGUAUUGCCUUUUUGAAUAAUUGUAUUUAAUAUAAUCUAAUUACUUGGUUUUUAUGUGUUGGAUCUU